GUUCAAUCAACAACACGACUAGGCAUGGUGUGAAUCUAAGCUACUGUGACCAUGUGCCUAGCUCAUAUCUGAUUGGUUAAUUAAUUCAUACACUUAUGUGAAUAAAUAUAUAAUCGUUUAAUGGACUGAUUUCUAGUCAUGACUUUUCAUACAUAAAUUCGUUAUUUGGCUGACAAUAAUCUAGUGUAUCUUGGUGAAAAUGACAGAGAAAAAAGCUGUGAUUAAGAAUGCUGAUAUGUCAGAAGAAAUGCAAGCUGAAGUAGUGAAAAUUUGUGUUGAAGCCUUGGAAACAUAUAACAUUGAGAAGGAUAUUGCUGCUUUUAUUAAAAAAGAAUGCGACAAAAGAUACAAUCCAACCUGGCAUUGUAUAGUUGGCAGAAACUUCGGCAGGUAACUGAUGUUCAGUUUUUAAUCGUUUUAUUACUUUGUUUCUUGUUCUGUAUAAGUUUCUUAUGUGGGUAUAGUUUAAGAUAGGUCAGUAAACCGUAAGUAGCUAGUUCAAACUCAUUUAGGAUUUAACAUGUCAUCGUCAUUCAAUAAUGAAUAGCUCGGUAUACUCAGGAAAAAUUAUUUUGGAAUUGAUGGACUUAUAAAACGUUUUAGAAACCAGAUUAUUUUUCAUUUGAUGGUGCAUAAUAUUUGAAAACUUACUUGGGCCUUACUGUUUUAAUAGUUAUUGAUUCUGUUAGAAACAUUUCGUUCAAUUAUCAUCUCGUUAUCUAAGAUUGCGCUAAAGCAUUAACGUUGCGGAGAUGGACGAAAGUGGUGUGAGUAGAAAUAAGACCAAACUAAGAACGAAUUACCAGUCAUUCUUGUUUGAAUUCGUUAGAAGCAUCUCUGGCCUCGCUUUGUAAUCCUUCUUAAUUCAUGUUCUCAAUUGUGUUUCUUCUAAUAGAUUAUAAUUUCUUGUAAAUAAAUGACCCCACAGUUAUUCUCUUGGGUGUUACAAUGUAUUAUUGUUUUAGCAUUUAAUUAGCCACUAACCAAUUGUAGUUUAGCAUGUCUAACCAUAUCCCCUAAUACUUUCUGUUAGUAUAUAAUGUGGUGGUAGCGAGUAGUUGCAUCCUAUUUAGUCCUUAGAUUUGUCGUGUUUCGAACGAUGAAACGAAUACAUUCCUUCUAAUAUUAAAAAAAAACGAACCUUUAUUGUCAGAUCAUUUUGUUACUUCUCCACUUAACUAGUAAUUUGACCUAAAGGACAUAGGUCAUGUUUUAGUUUUACCUUUGUCUCAACCUUGAAACAUUUUGUUAUUAAACAGGAUUAAUCCAAUCGCUAACUAUUUUUGCUCUAAACUAGGAUUGGUUGACAAUUAAAGUAAUACGAAUCUAGUGUUAAGCCGUUUUCAAUAGCAUUUUCUCAUCCAGAUUGUUGGUUCUUUAAAAACUAUUAUUAAACUAUCAAAAUUUAAAAACGGGUCAGUUGAAGUUGUCAGUAGUUCAUCUAUAAAUCAGUUAUUUAGUUUUCGAAACGUCUGAUGGCUAUUGUCACUCGGACUCAAUAUUUUUGCUUCUUUUGCAGCUACGUGACCCAUGAAACCAAACAUUUUAUCUACUUAUACCUUGGACAGGUCGCAAUUCUUGCUUUUAAAUCUGGAUGAUUGAUUUUUAUAACCUAUACAUAAAAUCCUAAAUUAAUCGGGUUUUUUUAUCUUUGUCGUAUCGACCAGUUGUCUUACGUCUAAAUAAGUCAGAUAAAAAUCAAUAGAAAUAUUAAACUAG